AACGGACAGGAGGAGGAGCCGUUGUAUGUGAAUGCGAAGCAAUAUCAUCGGAUCUUGAAGCGGCGCGCAGCUAGAGCCAAGCUUGAGGAGAUGAACCGAAUGGCCAAGAUUCGCAAGCCAUAUUUACACGAAUCCCGACAUAAACAUGCUAUGCGCCGUCCACGAGGUCCCGGGGGUCGGUUCCUAACUUCCCAUGAAAUCUCUCAACUCGACCGU